CUUGCAGUUCUCUCCUCCUUCCCUAACCUUCAAUCAACGGCACAACGCGUCGCCGGCUUUGCAGUCCUUCUUCGCACCCAAAUCCAGCCACCGCCGCGACUCCCCCCGAAUUCGCGGAACCCGGCGGCGGAAGUCUACGCCGACACUCUCCUUCCCGGUAUCACUUCGAGUUUGACACUCUGUGCAAAGAUGCAAGUCAUUCCUAGUGAAAACCCUCUCUCGGUUUCCGGACCCAGGCCCAUGGAAUGGUCGACCGUUCCAUACUCUGGUCCCGGAGGGCCUGCUUCCAACGGUAAAAACCGGACUUCAAGCUUGGAGUCACCCAUAAUGCUGCUUACUGGUCAUCAAAGUGCCAUCUACACUCUUAAAUUCAACCCUACCGGAGACCUCAUUGCAUCUGGUUCACACGACAAGGAGAUAUUCCUGUGGAAUGUCCACGGCGACUGCAAAAACUUCAUGGUCCUAAAGGGCCACAAAAAUGCAGUCCUCGAUCUCCACUGGACCACCGAUGGAUCAAUGAUUAUAUCAGCCAGCCCCGACAAAACUGUCAGGGCAUGGGAUGUCGAGACAGGGAAACAGAUCAAGAAAAUGGCCGAGCACUCGUCGUUCGUCAACUCGUGCUGUCCUUCCAGGAGAGGCCCGCCACUCCUCGUCAGUGGUUCAGAUGACGGGACAGCCAAGCUCUGGGACCUACGGCAGCGUGGCGCCAUUGGCACGUUCCCUGAUAAGUACCAGAUCACGGCAGUGGGGUUCUCCGAUGCUUCGGACAAGAUAUUUACAGCUGGAAUCGACAACGAGGUGAAGGUGUGGGACGUCAGGAAGGGUGAAGUGACGAUGAAGCUUGAGGGGCAUCAGGAUAUGAUAACUGGGAUGCAGUUGAGCCCCGACGGCUCGUACCUCUUGACCAAUGGCAUGGAUUGCAAGCUGUGCAUUUGGGAUAUGAGGCCUUAUGCACCGCAGAAUCGGUGUGUGAAGAUUCUGGAAGGGCACCAGCACAACUUUGAGAAGAAUCUGUUGAAGUGUGGGUGGUCUCCUGAUGGAAGCAAGGUUACCGCUGGUAGCUCUGAUCGGAUGGUCUAUAUAUGGGAUACUACUACUCGAAGGAUACUAUACAAGCUUCCUGGCCACACUGGCUCCGUCAACGAGUGUGUCUUUCACCCGACUGAACCGAUUGUUGGCUCGUGCAGCAGCGACAAGCAGAUUUACCUUGGGGAGAUAUGAUCAAGGCUUAGAUAUUAACUGUUACAACUGUUUGAAGCAUCGUUUUAGCCUUUGGAUGUAUGGGCGGUAGUGAAUUGUGUUGUAUCUAUCAACUAUCAUGUAGGUUUUUUGCAACCUGAGUUUGAACUUUUGAACCUUUGAUCUAAGGCUUGUCUUUUCGGAAAAAAUCCCAAUUUACACAUAUUUUUUAAAA